UCUUAAAAAUUCUUCUCCCAGAGGGAGCGAGAGAGAGAUUCAGCGCGAGCUUUCGGUUGGACAGUCGCACAAACUUAAAAGCGCGAGCGAAAACCGAUCAUCGAGGCAACGGCGAAGGAGGAGAUAGAUACGAGUGAUCCGUAAAGUUAAUCGGCCGCCUGAGGUACGCGAUUGCUGCGUUGUUGGCGGCAGCAGCGGCGGCUUCGACGGAGUACAGAUGGCAACGAUGCAGAGUUUGCGGAAGGCUUAUGGAGCCCUUAAGGAUUCCACCACCGUCGGUCUCGCCAAUCUCAACAGCGAUUUUAAGGAGUUGGAUAUUGCCAUCGUCAAGGCCACGAAUCACGUCGAGUGUCCGCCCAAGGAGAGGCAUAUCAGAAGGAUCUUGGCGGCUACAGUAAUAUCACGGCCGCGGGCAGACGUGGCCUACUGUAUACGCGCUCUUGCGAGACGGCUUGCUAAGACUCACAAUUGGACAGUUGCUUUGAAGACUCUAAUUGUUAUACAUAGGUCUCUAAGGGAGGGUGAUCCAACUUUCCGUGAGGAGCUUUUGAAUUUCUCUCUGAGGACAGGCAUUCUCCAAUUAUCAAACUUCAAGGAUGACUCAAGUCCUAUUGCUUGGGAUUGCUCUGCUUGGGUUCGGACUUAUGCUUUAUUUUUGGAGGAAAGGUUGGAGUGCUUCCGCUUAUUAAAGUAUGAUGUUGAAGCUGAACACUUGGAAAAACCUGUUCAAGGUUCAGAGAAGGGCUAUAGUAGAACCAGACGGUUGAAUUGUGAGGAGUUGUUAGAACAGUUGCCCGCACUUCAGCAAUUACUUUAUCGUCUUAUUGGAUGCCGUCCAGAAGGAGCUGCAAUUAGCAGUUAUGUUAUUCAAUAUGCAUUGGCGUUGGUUCUGAAAGAAAGUUUCAAAAUUUAUUGUGCUAUUAAUGAUGGCAUCAUUAACCUUGUGGAUAAGUUCUUUGAGAUGCCAAGGCAUGAAGCCGUCAAUGCCCUUGAGAUCUACAAAAGGGCUGGUCAACAGGCUACAAACCUAUCAGAAUUUUAUGAGGUCUGUAGGGGACUAGAACUUGCUAGGAACUUCCAAUUUCCAAGUUUGAGAGAGCCCCCACAGUCUUUUCUUGCUACCAUGGAAGAAUACAUACGAGAGGCUCCACGAGUUGUUUCUGUUCCCACUGAGGCUCUGGAAUUCCCAGAGAGACUUCUUUUGACUUACAAAGAACCAGAGGAAGCUCCUCCUGUUGUUGAAGAUGAAAAACCUCCUGUUGAAGAUACGAAGCUCGAACCUUCGAAUGUUGAGGUUGAAGUUAAACCUGCUCCUCUCCACGAGGCAGAUACUGGAGAUUUAUUGGGUUUGAAUGAUUUUUAUGUGGGUGCAUCAGCAAUAGAAGAAAGCAAUGCUUUGGCUUUAGCAAUAGUUCCUUCUGAUGCCGCCUCCCUUAAUUCUGCUGCUGCAGUUAAUGAUAAAUCAUUUGAUCCAUCUGGAUGGGAGCUAGCUCUUGUUACCACGAACGAUAACCCGUCAUCUGCCGUUGAAAGCCAGCUGGGGGGCGGAUUCGACAAGCUCAUAUUAGAUAGUUUGUACGAUGAUGCCGCAUACAAACAACAACAACAACAGCAGCAGCAGCAACAACAACAACAAUAUUUCGGCGUCCCUCCAAAUCCUUUCCUGACAGCAGAUCCUUUUGCAAUGUCGAACCAAAUAGCCGUGUCUCCAUCCGUGCAGAUGGCAGCUAUGGCUCAACAUCAGUCCUUAAUGAUGCAGUCCAACCCUUUCGCACAUACGAUGGCCUCACCGCAACAGCCACCUAUGUUAGCCGGAGCUUCGGCAAAUCCUUUUGCAGACACCACAGGUUUUGGGUCGUUCCCUGUGAACAACGCCCAUUACCAAAACAACCCGUUUGGAACCCAGCUGCUGUAGUUCCCUGAAUUUAUAUCAAUGAUGUUUUGGGUAUGUUUUAGGGUCUCUGUGUGGAUGUCAUGCUUGGUUUGUGAGUUACUUGGGGUCAUCUUGUUGAUCUCUAAUGUGCAGAAAUUUUCCCAUUUUGUAUGGAUUUGAAUUAGGCAUGGAACAACUUGAUUCUUACUAUUA